ACGCACCGAGGCGCGCGUGUCAUUCCAUUAAAUUCUCCUGCCAUGGCGCGGAUGUUGCUGCUGAGGACCUUCUCCUUCUGCCUGCUGGUGGUCCUCCUCCAGCCGGUCUCCUCUGGGGGUCAGGGGACGGGCGGCGGCUCGGUGGUGGCCCCCCGGGGCAGGUUCUCCACCACUGACCACAUGCAGUGCACGUGGACCGCCAACGACACGGGAGACUCGGUGACUGUGCGGGUCCGAUGCCAGAACCCGCAGACUCGGAGCGGGCUGCGGUGCUCGUACCGCGGCGCACCUCGGAGCUGCGCGGCCUUCCGCUCCGAGCCGCGGCGCUUCUGGAAGCAGGUGGGCCGCGCGCUCACCAAGCUCCGCGCGCAGCUGUGCAGCGAGGGCGCGUCGGUCAGGGCUGGCAUGUGCCGGCGCGCGCCCGGAGACGCGCGCUUCGAGCUGGAGGCUAACUCCGUGUUCUCAGCUCGGACACCUGCCCCGGCUCCGCCCCCCAGCCCCACGUCCACGUCGUGCACGGGGCACGCGGACCACCGGAGCACCGCGGAGGAGUACUGUCGCGCGUGGGCCUCCGUGUGCUCCUUCCUCCUGUCCAUGCUGCAGACUGACGCGUGUUAACAAGAACACGAGCUUUUUACAACCUCAGGUGUCUCAUUAUUAUUAUUUUUAUUACUGAACCACUUUUAGAAAGUUAACAUUAAACACAGUUUUACAUAAAUAAAU